CCUCGAGACCUCUUACGACGACGCCGCCUUGCACUUGCACCAACACCAACCUCGUUCACAUCCACAACAACAAUCCGCGACAUCCCUCCCCGACACUCGCCUCCCUCUUCUCACAAGAGACAUCAUGAAUCGAGCAGGAGGACAGCCACGGCAAUCCACCGUUCCCCCAGGCUACCGAGCCGCUCAGCCUACAGCCGCAGGCGCCAACGGCAUGUUCUACGGCGGCCCUACAAUGCAGAACCGCGGGACUGGCCUCAUGGGGCAAGGCGCGCUCGGCGGCUUCCCUCCAUCCGGCGCACUUGGUCGCAGCGGACCACCAGGCAUUGGUGGACGAGGAGCGGAUCCAAAUGACUUUCCCGCACUCGGAAGCCAUAACCAGCACGGCAACAACUCGACAUAUGCCUCUCAAGCUCAGCCCAGCCAGGCCGGAUCCAGUCAUCUGCAGCAGCAGAUGUACAACCUCCAUAUCGGACAAGGGCAGGGGCAAAUGGACUCGAUGGCGCCUCCACCGCCGCCGGGUCUGUCAGGACCUGCGGGCUCAUCAAGCCAGCCGAACGGUGCCGGGGAAGGGUUGCGAGACGACUUCCCCGCAUUGGGAGUAGGCGAGAAGGAGAGAAUGGCCGGCGUGCUCAAGAUUGGAGGAGGAGCAAACCAGCCAACUUCCCCACAGCAGUCGCUCAACGGCCCUGGCUCGUCCCAUUCCGCAACCCCCGCCAACAUGGGCCAGGGACCACCAUCUGCCGCAGGAGAGUCAUGGGCAAGGCAGUCGCCAUCGCGCAACGAGCCUCUACUGCGGCAGCAGCAGGUCCAACAUCCUGUACACCAGAUCCUGACAUCGCCCGUCGACAAGUGGGGUUUGAAGGCACUUUUGCAUCAGAUCCGUCAACAUAUGAACAAGGACGACCGCGGCAUGCUCAUGUUUGGGGAGGACCUCGUUGACCUCGGAGUUGAUGUGGCGAGCCAAGAACCUCUGUACCAGUCGUUCGUGACACCAUGGGCAGACCCGGGAAGUCAAACCCAGCCGCCGCAAAUCGAGGACAUGUACGUCAUCCCGAGCUGUUACCACGUCGUGCCGCCACCAGUGGAAAGCAAAAUGUCCAACUUCAACGAGGAGACACUCUUCUUCCAGUUCUACUCUGCGCCACAGGACAUGCUACAGCUCAUGGCUGCUGAGGAGCUCUACACCCGCGGAUGGCGCUUCAACACAGACACGCGCGUCUGGAUGCUUUCGCCUCAGCUUUCGCAGAUCGACUUCCACAACGAUCUCUCCCAGCACCCGCCUAUCCUGCGCGGUCACUUCACCGUCUUCGACCCCGCGUCGUUCAGCAAGCGCGAGACGCACACGAUAACUGGCGGCGAGGAGUACUCGGUCGAGCUCGCACACUUUGAGGCGACGCGCCGUGCGUCCGACAUUGCCGCCGAGCAGGCCAAGGCGCGCAAGGAGUCGGUACGGUCACCCGAGGGAAACAGCUCUAGCAUUCUGGGCUCGAACACGCAGCACUUCCAGAGCAUGGCUGUGGCACACUAGGCCGCCGUAUCCCGCACCUCCCUGCCUCGUGGCGUCCGUCUGUAGUUUGAGACAGCAGUGGCAUCGGACGAAUGCGAUGCUGUUAUGUGAACCAGCGUACUGUGUUUAG